CUCCCUCUCUGUCACACACACAUCCCAUGCUCGCUAUUUCUGGCCAGGAUCCCAGUAACUCGCCUUAUCAAAGUGUCUGCUGGAUCCCUCACCACUUGUUUUUCUUCCCUUCUCCAUUUACAGCUUGAAUACAAGCAAGGCAUAACCCCUGCGGAAAGCCUGACAGCAUGGCGGACACAACCCUACAGAUUAUCGAGCAACCCACCACCCCGGAGACCCCUCCGGAAGAGACCGUCGAUGACACCAGCGAGCCCAGCGAACCCAUCAAAGCAGACCAGAUCAAUGGGGUAAUGGUGCUAAGCCUUCUUGACAAGAUUAUAGGUGCAGUGGACCAGAUUCAGCUAACCCAGACCCAGUUGGAAGAGAGGCAGCAGGAGAUGGAGAAUGUGGUUGGCAGCAUCCAAGGAGAACUUGCCAAGCUGAGCAAAUCCCAUGCCACCACCAGCAACACAGCCAGCAAGAUGCUCGAGAAGGUGAGGAAGGUGAGCGUCAACGUGAAGACGGUCAGGCACAACCUGGAGAAACAGGCGGCACAAAUCAAAAAGCUGGAGUCCAACGAGUCUGAGCUUCUGAGACGCAGGAACUUCAAAGUCAUGAUCUACCAGGAUGACGUAAAAUUGCCUUCCAAGCUCAGCAUCAGCAAAACUUUGAAGGAUACCGAAAAACAAGACGUAGCCGAAGAAGGCCAGCAAAAUGAGAAGAAGGAUGAGGAAGAGGGAGAGGAGCACAUCGAGUUAUCAUCUGAUGAGGAGGUGGAAGUAGAAGAGAUCAUCGAGGAGUCAAGAGCUGAGCGCAUCAAGAAAAGUGGAAUGCGGCGGGUAGAUGACAUCAAGAAAGCUUUCUCCAAAGAAAAAAUGGAAAAAACCAAAGUGAAGACCAAAGAAAACUUGGAAAAGACCAGGCAAAACCUGGAAAAAACCAAGCACAAUAUCGAGAAGAGGAUGAACAAGCUGGGAACUAAGAUUGUAACAACAGAAAGAAGGGAGAAGAUGAAGACCUCAAAGGACAAGUUAAAAAAGUCCUUCACGCCUGACCAUGUUGUUUACGCUCGGUCUAAAACCGCCGUCUACAAAGUGCCCCCCUUCACCUUCUACGUGAAGAAGAUCCGAGAUGGGGAGGUGGAAGUGCAGGCAACAGAGAUGGUGGAGGUGGGACCGGAUGGUGAAGAGGAAGAAGGGGAAGGAGCUGAGCUGCUGAGAGGCGAGAGCCCAGACCCCCACUCCCUGCUGCAAAUCACAGAGGACGCUGACGCCGUUGUGGGUGAAAGAAGCGACAGCGACUAAGUUGUCACCGACUUCCUUCCAAGUGGACAACUCUGUUUUUAAUCCUUUUUCACCUUUCAAAACAACUUUCUUUUCAUAUUCACACGUAUCUUUCCUCUAAACUUUUGCAGCUCCUAAAACACAAAGAUAAAGAUAUAUAUAUAUAUAAACCCCUUCCCCCCAGUCCAUAUAUAUAAUCAUCUUCCCAGCAUUACAUGGUUAACAUGAUGGCGUCACAUCCCUACACAUAUAUCCACUGUGCAGCUACUUUCUCUUUGUUUCUUUCCUAAAAGUGACUCUGAACCGUCUCUGCUAAGGGGGUGCAAAGAGAGAAACUGAGGGGGGCCUAUUGAGAAGAUGUGGAGUGGAACAACAACACGGGAGAGAAGCAGAGUAAAAUAAUAUUGUGUGUAAUAAUCAUAGCCAAGCAUCAGGACCUCGCUGGUGACCAACGUUUUUACCUACGCUACCGCUUUAAGAACACAGCUACAGCAGUGACUGGUCCCUAUUAUAUAUAUAGCAUUGCCACGCAUGGGGUCUGCUGACAGGAACAACAGACACCCCCCCAGGUCCCAAACCCUACAUGGGGUCUCCAGGUCCCAAACCCUACAUGGGGUCUCCAGGUCCCAAACCUUACAUGGGGUCUCCAGGUCCCAAACUCUACAUGGGGUCUCCAGGUCCCAAACCCUACAUGGGCUCUCCAGGUCCCAAACCCUACAUGGGGUCUCCAGGUCCCAAACCCUACAUGGGGUCUCCAGGUCCCAAACCCUACAUGAGGUCUCCAGGUCCCAAACUCUACAUGGGGUCUCCAGGUCCCAAACCCUACAUGGGGUCUCCACGUCCCAAACCCUACAUGAGGUCUCCAGGUCCCAAACUCUACAUGGGGUCUCCAGGUCCCAAACCCUACAUGAGGUCUCCAGGUCCCAAACUCUACAUGGGGUCUCCAGUUCCCAAACCCUACAUGGGGUCUCCACGUCCCAAACCCUACAUGGGGUCUCCAGGUUCCAAACCCUACAUGGGGUCUCCAGGUCCCAAACCCUACAUGGGAUCUCCAGGUUCCAAACCCUACAUGGGGUCUCCAGGUCCCAAACCCUACAUGGGAUCUCCAGGUUCCAAACCCUACAUGGGGUCUCCAGGUCCCAAACCCUACAUGGGAUCUCCAGGUUCCAAACCCUACAUGGGGUCUCCAGGUCCCAAACCCUACAUGGGGUCUCCAGGUCUCGUGCAUGUUUUCCCUGCUUAAUUCGAAAACCUUUUCUGCCAUGUCAGUAGAGCAAAAUAAAUUGUACUUACACCCGUAGGCUAGCAGGUCACAUGGUGCUACCAAAUAGCCAAUCACAGCGCUUAUUGUGCACCCCCCCUAGGAACAUUUUCAUGCUUGUGUUGCUCCCCAACUUUUUUUUAUAUUUAAAUGUUGUUCAUGGGUAAAAAAGUUUGGGGACCCCUGGCCAUAGCCAGUCACUAUUUACUGGGGGGGCUGUUUGGGCCUCUGUGUACUUGAAAUGACAGGGCCUAUUUGAAUCCCAGUCCAUGGCUGCUUGUUUUGGGUUUUACUUGUCUUUUUUGUACCUUACUGCCAAAUAUAAAAAUCAUACUUCACCAUCCACUCAUAAUAAAAAAUUGCCGCUCUGA